CAUGAUAACAAGCAUGAUUACACGGAAGUCGCGUUGCGCAGUUACUUACCAUUAAAGUAGCGCAUAUCGUUUGGUCUCAUCGUGAACAGACAGUUGAUUCAGUUUAUAUGUUGAUCACUGAGUACGAUAUGGUCAUAAUGCACGCCCGAUCAUGUUCUAAUGACGGCUCAUUUCGACUAUUCGACCUACCCCAAGAGCUACGAGAACGUAUCUAUAUGUUCCAUAUGGAAGACGAAGAACCUAUUCGGAAUCUGGCGCGUAAAGUAUCAUAUAGACUAAUGAUACCGAAACUAUUCCACGUCCAGAUGAUUCGGCAAGAAGCUAUCCCAGUCUUCUUUCAACGAAGUAUCUUCUCCAUUGAAACUGCUUGUAUACUUGCACCGUGGCGCGUAGGCGUCAUGCCUACUGGGUGGAAAUAUCUGGAACGAACUCGUGGCCCUGAUAUAAUGCGAAAGCAAUUUUCGCUAUACUGCGAUAACCAUAUGUCCGGCGUGGCUGUAUUUGACAAGCGUGCGCUGGAGUGGCUCAAAUCGGGCGACAUUAUGCCGCAAGCAUUUUUUAGAAAUAUUCGUCUCCAUGUUUACGACCUCGACAGCCACAUACCUUCCUCACGUAUAUUAGUAUCAAACUUGAAUAUCCGGACGCGUGGGAACUCCGUCGAGUUCGAUGAGACCGGAGAGUCCAGAGUUUGUUUCGAGACAUGUAACGAGGAGUUCCACAGAGUUCAAGAGUCUACCAAAAGUCUGCCUACAGGAUCGUACGAGAACGGCGGAACUUCAAAGGCUUCUCACUUGAAGAUAUUCAGAAUAUAGUACAGUCUUAUCGCGCUGUAGAGGACGACUGAAACCUACU